AUGUCUCAAGACUCAGAAGACGAUCUUGCACCCCUUGAACCUACUCUACAAAACGUACUUGAUCAAGAAUCUUUACAUUGGAUAUUUGUUGGAGGGAAAGGAGGUGUUGGUAAAACCACCACCUCCUGUUCGCUUGCUGUACAACUCAGCAAGGUCAGAGAUUCCGUUCUGUUGAUAUCAACUGACCCUGCUCAUAAUCUGAGUGACGCUUUUGGACAAAAAUUCAGCAAGGAAGCAACACAAGUUAACGGAUUUAGUAAUUUAUUUGCAAUGGAAAUUGACCCUACAUCUUCAAUUCAAGAGAUGCUAGAUCAAUCUGAACAACAGGGAGGAGCAAUGGGUUCGAUGAUGCAGGAUUUAGCAUUUGCCAUCCCUGGUGUUGACGAAGCUAUGGGUUUCGCCGAGGUUAUGAAACAAGUAAAAACAAUGGAGUAUUCUGUUAUUAUCUUUGAUACUGCACCCACUGGACACACAUUACGAUUCUUGAGUUUUCCAAGUGUACUCGAAAAAGCUUUGGCAAAAAUUUCGCAAUUAAGUGGGCGAUUUGGUCCAAUGUUUCAACAAAUGUCAGGCAUGAUGGGAUUAAAUGCUAAUCAAGAAGAUAUGUUUGGUAAGCUUGAAGGAAUGCGAGCUAUUAUCCAGGAAGUCAAUAAUCAAUUUAAGGAUCCUGAUAAAACGACGUUUAUUUGUGUGUGUAUUUCUGAAUUCUUGUCUCUUUAUGAGACAGAACGAAUGAUUCAAGAAUUGACAUCAUAUCACAUUGAUACUCAUAAUAUUGUAGUAAAUCAAUUGCUGUUUCCAAAAAAAGAUUCGAACUGUGAGCAAUGUUUAGUACGGCACAAGAUGCAGAGAAAAUAUUUAGACCAAAUUUAUGAUUUAUACGAAGAUUUCCACAUUGUUCUAAUGCCACUUUUGACAAAAGAAAUACGUGGUACUCAAGAUAUAACAGAAUUUUCUGAAAUGUUAGUGAAACCUUUUAAAGCACCUGAUGAACAAGCCAAUGAAGAUGUUUCAAUGCCCUCUUAA